CCCGACCGUCCCUGGACACGCAUCCCCCCGCAUGGCUGCACCGAGACAACAUCCUCCUGCCAGUCGACCGUCCCUCGGACCCUCCAGGUUCCACCUGGGGGGGUCGUAUCUGCACCACAGCGGCGCGCGCAAGUGCGAGGCGCUGGCGGUGAGGGGUCUGGCGGAGUUUGGGAGGACGCGGUGGACAGUGAUAGCGCCGCGGACGUGCUGAAGCAGCUGUUCAAACUGCCCUUUUCCAAGGCGAGCCUCUUUGUCAGCGUGCACCGCGUUGGCCGCACGCUCGUGCUCAACCCCGGGGGGCUGGCGGAGUUUGGGGAGGACGCAGUAGACGUGAUAGCGCCCGCGGACGUGCUCAAGCAGCUGUUCAAGCUGCCGUUUUCCAAGGCCAGCCUCUUUGCCAGCGUGCACCGCGUCGGCCGCACGCUCGUGCUCAACCCCGCUCCGAGCCUUGCUGUGUGGACUCCCACAACGUGCUCCGAGCCUGGGUGUGUGGACUCCCACAAGGUCGCACGGACCUCCAGAGGGCAACGCGAGGCGAUUCUGCUCUCCAAGCUGAUUGAAGGCGUUCAAGGGGAAGUGAAAGUGGAAGUGGAAGAGGAGGAGGAGCAGGAGCAAGAGGAGGGGUAUGCGCGUUGGGAGGGCGCUGGGAAGGGCAAGCCAUGCAGCAAGCGGGAGAGAAGGCUGGAUAAUGGCAGCAACGGAGGAGCGGGGAGGCGAAUUGAAACAGGGGUAGGAGGAGGAGGAGGUGCGGGGAAGCGAAUGGAGACAGGAGGAGGGGGAGGAGGAGGAGUGGAGGCAGAGAGAGGGGCGGACAGGUUUGCCCGGGUGGUGUUCUGGCAGUUGGAGCACCUGAGGCUGUUUCUUGGCAGCGACCUGAUUCUGUUCAGCAAUGAGAAGCAUGCUGCUGUCAGCCUUCACCUCGUUGACGUGGAGCAUGAGGUAUGCUCUUGCCGUUAG